AUGAAGCGAGUACCACGUUCAAUUUAUGCCGAUAUAUAUGUAAAAGAAGCUCAUCGUAUUAAGGGUACGCCACGUGUUGCUCGACCAUGGAGGCCUAAAGUUAUCGCUUGGGCUGGCCCAGCUGCAUUUUAUCGUAAUAGAUUUUAUGAGCCGAAUGCUUGGUAUAAAGCACGAGUAACAAAACCAUUACUUUACCCAAAAAUGUAUGUCAUUGAUCCAGAAAAUCAUUUAUUGUCACUGAAGGAACGCUUAGCAGUACCGGAGAUACAAAGAUAUGAUAUUGGUUUCAAGAGGAAGAAUUCGAUACCGAUACCAUCGCCACCAUCGGAGUCGAAAAAUGUUCUGAAAUUGUCUAGGAAAAUACAGUUAACAAUAGAUUUAAAAGCAGUGGAGCAUUGGCAGUUGAGUAUUUUUCAUCACUUUCGCAUAUUUGAUGAUCUUUUCCACGCAAACGUUUUCUUCCAUAAUACACAAAAUAUGCAGCUAAAGUGGGACAGCGUUGGUCUGUAUCAGGGAAAUCUGAUUGAUGCCGCUGAUACAAGUAAUAAGCCAACUAUAUCGGUUGAAUCAUUAGGUGGCGGAUUCAAUUCAUUCGUAUUAUUGAAUCUUGAUGGAAACCCAUAUGAUUGUGAUGGCGAUGUUGUCCAUUGGUUAGUGGCCAAUAUUCCCGAUGGCAAAUCUGUAGCUGAGGGGGCAGAAAUAGUUCCGUAUCUGCAAGUAGUGCCGUUCAAAGGAACUGGUUAUCACAGAAUUGCUUGUUUGUUGUUGCGGCAUAAUGAAGUUGUUAAUUUAACGUCAAGGAAACCAAAAAGUGUAAUGCUGAUGGAUCGAAUCUUCAGUGUUGGCCAAUUAUAUAAAGAGUUCGAAAAACAAUGGACUCCUUCUGCUCUUUCGUUCGCGCAAGCCUCAUGGGAUGUUUCUGUUAAUGAAGCUCUUCAUAGAAUUGGAAUGAAGUCACCAAUUUAUGAAUAUCGGUAUAAUCCGCCAGUGAAAGUGGACCAGAAAGAAUUUCCAUUAAGAUCACAACCGUUUAAUUUAUACUUGGACCAAUUCCGAGAUCCAAAGGAAAUACAUGCGGAUUUGUUGAAAAGGCGUUUGCAAAUGCGAAAAAUAGACAAAAGUCCAGAACAACCUGAAUAUCCUGACAUUGACUACGCUGAACAUAAGAAGAAUACACCGUUUUGGCAGCAUGAUCGCUUGAUGAAAGAAAAUUCUGGAUCCGGUCGAUACAAAGCUCUAUGGAGCAAUCCAAUCAGCUGA